ACAAUGUAGAAUACUGUAAAUUGUAUUAUCGGCCGAUACCGAUAUGGCUGAUGUGUAUCCCUAAUUUAUAUUCUGGGUUGAUGUUUUUUAUCUUCCAUUUUUAGAUCUUUAUCUUCUUUCACACAUUUGCACAUGAUGUCGUUUCAUUUUUUAACGGGUGGUUUAUAAAAAUCACGUGACGUAUCUCUUACGAAAAUUAUCAUUAACCAUGAUUUAAAACCAACAAAAACAAAUUACCACAGAAAAAAACAAAAAUCCAUGAUCACUGUAGUAAAACCAUGGUUACGUCAAAAUAACCAUGUUUAAAAACAUAGUUAAAACAUAUGUAGGCUACUACAAAACAAUAUGGUUUUAGUAAUUAAUGCACCAAAAAAAAUUCUACCACAAGAAAACAUGGUUAAUUUUCGUCAUCCAGCGAACAUGAGUUGGAUUUUUGUGUCAUCGCUGAAUAUCAGUUUUGUGUUUGUAUUUGCUGUCGUGGUUGUGUGUGGUAUGAGCGUGACCUUCGGGUUCGAGUUGUUUGGUUGCCGUGGCAACAGCACGCUGAAGCAGACACUCCCGGAACUCGACAACAUCUCAAUAGAUGUGUGUGUGUGUGUGUCUGUGUGUAAAUGUCUUUAUAUUUCUGCAGGUUAGAUGUAAAUGUGUGAUAUUAUACACUGAGAAUGUCGAGUAUUAUCUGCGAGUGGCUGAACGCGGAGCUCCGUCUGUCUAAAGUGGUCGCGCCGGUUUCUCUGAGCAGAGAUUUCGCGAACGGAUUUCUGAUCGGUGAGAUUCUGACGAGAUUUGAGCUGCAGGAUGAUUUUCAUCUCUUCUCAAAACACAGCACUCCAAAUGCAAAGCUGAAUAAUUUCACACGUCUGGAGCCCACGCUUCAUCUGUUGGGCGUGCCCUUUGACCUCUCUAUGGCCAGAGCUGUGAUGAUGGGCAGACAGGGCGCAGUCACCAAUCUUCUCUAUCAGCUUUACAUCGUCCUGCAGAAGAAGAAGAGAUCUGGACUCACAGCCACGGCCAUGGACGUCAUGCAGCCCGCCGCCGCAGCUCGACUACACCGAGUAGAGAAACACAUUUACACUGAGCGUUUGAAGACGGUGGUGAGACGUGAAGCGGAUGUGAAGAUGCAGAAGAUCGCAAAGCGUUUUCAUAAAAGAGGACAAGACAUGUACCACCAGUCCAUCAUGACUGAACUCCAGCAGGAGAAAGAGAGAGUCAGACGACUGGAGGAGAGAAGAACGAGAGACAUCGAAAAGCAUCGUCAGGCGCGCAGGAGACAGCAGGACAUGAUGAUUCAGAUUCAAUCGGCUGUGAUUCAGAUCCCAAAGCCUCCACACAGUCGAUCACCCAGAGCUCUGGAGAAAAAACAGAUUCGCAAACAGCACGACGCUCAGCUCGUCCGUCGUGAUAUCGCUCAGUUUGAGAAGAACCAGAAGUGGAUCUCUCCGGCAGGAGACGCAACUUUACUCUCCAGCGGUCAUGUGAUGAGCACAGAUGAGAGGGAACAGUGGAACAGAGAAUACAUGGAGAACAUCCGUCUGCGUCUGGAGGAAGACUCGACUGCACGAGAGCAGAGAGAGAUGCGCAGACGUCGAGCUCUCGUAGAACAACUCCAAGCGCACCAGACUCAACAGGAGGAGAUACGAGAAGAGCAGAUGGUGAAGAGAUUGAUGCGUCAGACGCAGCAGGAGAAGAGAAUCGUCGUCCAGCUGACACAGAUCAAACGACAGAAGGAAAUCCUGCGACAGAACCGCAUCUUCCAGGAGAGACAGAACCAGGAGCGCUGCCUUCAGGAUCUCCAACAGGCUCUGGACAGAGAAGCUGUUCUGCUGCGAGAGGAGCAUCUGGAGCGCAGCGAGGAGAUACACAUGGAACGCCAGCUACACAAGCGACUCGCAUCCGAACGCGCUCAAGCUCGAUAUCAAAAACACUUCCACAUCUGCAGAGGAAUUCUAGGACAGAUUGUGGAUCUGAGCACCAAAGUGGGAGAAUAUCGACUCCUCACAGACAAUUUGAUCCCGAUGAAAGUGAUGAAGGAAUGGAUGGAGAUGUUUCUCAGUGGGAAUCCUCUGUAUGAAGUGGCCAGCGUGGAACCGCUCCCAGCAGAACCAACAGCGGAACAGAUCAUUGAACUCCAGAAACUUCAGAUCCUCAACGAUCAAGACUAUGAGCAGUAUGUGGGUCUGACGGGCGAAUGGGUUUGGAGUGAAGAGGCAGAAGAUGGAGCUCCUCGUCUGAAGGAUGAUGUUCUGGAUCAUGUCGUGAAGCGUCUGAAGAACAUGAUUCAGAUUCCCAUCAGCCGCUCUCCCUCUCCUGUGUUCCCUCGCUUUACCAUCAGAGCGUGUGUGCUGGGAAAAACACACACGGGCAAAACCAGCUGCCUUAGCACCAUCACCACCGCUCUUGGUGUCCGUGUGCUUUCGGCCGGUGCUUUGAUUCAGGACGUCCUAACAGCCCAUCAGCAGGACAAACAAACUAUGAGUGGGGAGAGAUUUCCAGCUGAAGGUCUUGAGACGCCUCUUAGAGAUGAACAAGACAUCUCACCGCUCAACUCAGGACCAGCCGCUCAUGAACCUGACACAUCAGGAACCGUUCAAGAACGAAAGGACACAGAAGAUAUGAAACGGUGUUUGCGCGCACAGCGAGGAUGUGAGGUGGAGAAGAUUCUGAUGUUUGGUGAAGGUGUUCCAGAUCAGCUGCUGGUGGACAUCAUCGUGGACGCUCUCAGGAAUGUUCCUGCUGACAGCGGUUGGGUUCUUGAUGGGUUUCCUGUGAACAUCGCUCAGGCCGUGAUGCUGCAGAAUGCUCUCAGCGGGACACAGAGUCGACCAUCCGCAGAGAAGAAUACUCCAGAUGAUCCGCAGCAUCUGUCUCCAGCUCUGGAUGUGGUGGUGCUGUUAGAUGUUUCAGACGAGCAGGUUCUGGAGCGAGCCUCACGCCGGGCCGACGGAGGAGGUCCAGAGAACAGAGACGAGGACAAACAGAAGAGUCAGGAGUUCAUCUCUCAUAUUGACAGAGGAGGAGAAAGAGAUCAGAUACAGCACAGAAUUAGUGGUUUUCAUGACACAUGGCCGAAACUGGAGGAGUGGUUUGGUGAGAAGCAGAAUAUUCUGGUGAAGAUCUGUGCAGAAUCAGAUGAAGAUGUUGUUGUUGAGCAUGUGGAGACGCUUCUUAAAGACGUCAUGGAUUCAGUUAAUCAAGGAGCGGCUCCAGGUCAUUCCGUCUCAUCUCAACACGGUCAUACAGAAAGAGUCCGGCCUUCAGAGACAAACUCAACAUCAGAUGAACGUGUUUAUGUGGAUGAACCGAUAGCUCAGGAGAUCUCACAGUAUCUGGUGCCUUACUGGGACAACAUGUGCACUUCAUAUGAGACUCAUGUUAAAAGCGUCAUGCAGAACCUCCGCAGUGAACGUGAACUCAUCAUUCAUCAUCUGUAUGACAUCAGAGAGAACUUCAGACAGCAUCUCCUGACGCCGGAUCUCAAGCAGGAGUUUGUGAGCUCAUGGCAGAGCGAUUAUAACAGUGUUCCUGACAACAUCAGAGACGAUGAAGAGACCAAAGGAGAACUUCACCAAAGACUGGACGACUUGCGUGAGCGUCUGUGGGAUAUCUGUGAUAAGCGCAGGGAUGAGGCGGUGCAGGAGAGAGCAGCUGUUAUUAAUGACGACUGGUUACAUGAUCACACAGCUCUCAUCAUCAACAACUACUGUACACUCACACAGACAGAAGUGAGCAGGUGUCAGGGUGUUGUGUAUCUGCUCAGAGAUUAUUACUCAGGAAUGAAUAAAGCUCUGUUACCUUCAUCAUCAUGUGACUCCACUCGUCUUCCUCUGCUGGACGUCACCUGGAGUGAAAACAUGGACCCUGAGACAUCAAACAUCUCAUCUGUUUCUGGCCCAUCAGAGAAGCAAACAAAGAAUGCUGUGAAGAAAGACACAGAAGCAGAGGACACCAGGAAACUGUUCAUGUUUCCAUUGGUUACCAGCAGAUCAUCCUCCAAUGAGAUCUCAAAACAAGAUCUGCGUCGCCCCGAUGAGAAACUGCUGGAGGAGAUUUAUCAGACGGCCAUCAGCGCAGUGUGUGCAGAGGUCCAGCGGUGUGAGGAUGAGGAGGAGGAGGAGGAAGACCAACAUCACACGAUAGAAACACAGAGAGCAAACACACAGUCUCAAGCUUCAAACACAGCUAAAGACAGAAAGAAAGCUGCUAAACAGAAAGGAGCUCCUCCUCCUCCAUCUCAUGAGCCCAGUCCUCAACCCGCAGCGGAGGAGAACCCUGAGGAGGUGAAGAGGAGAGCCACGAGGAGACGAAUCCGUCAGGAGUACACAGCCGCUCUCAAACAUGAAGAACGCGUUGUGAAGUUGCGUCUGGAUGUGCUGAAGUCACACGCUGUGAGAAUGUUGUGCAGCCUCCAGCAGAACACACAAGAGCUCUACACAAAGAUGCAGGAGUGGAUGGAGACACGGUUCCUGUCGGAGAUGAGCAGUGUCGAGCAGCUGACAGAGUUGGUUCGGCGGCACAUUGAGAACGGCCGACAGAUCCGUCACGAGCUGGUGUUACACGCUGCUGAUUUCUGUGUGGACGGAGACACGCGUGUGUUGGCCAGCGCCCCGCCCACUCCCCCCCCGCCGCUGCUGGAGGAGCUCAGAGACAGCACACUCACCGUUCAACAGCUGAACAUCAUCUGCGCUCAACUGCACAAGACAGCACCAUCAGGUGUGUUGUCCGGCACUGAAUUGACGGAAGUUCUGCAAGAGUUCAUCUCUCCUCACAGGGGCUGUGAUGAUUUACCUCAACCCUGGACACACAUGACGUCCUCACAGGUUGUUGAGUUGGUGUGUGCGUUCACUGGUGACUCUGAGAUGUUGGACUGGUGUCAGUUUGUGCUCAGCGUCGCCCUCCCGUGGCCGUUUCCGUCACAGACUCAGCUGUUUAAAACCCUCCAGCGGUUCAGAGCUGUUGAUGCUGCAGGAACCGGUCUCAUCACACUAGAACAAUACACACAGGUUGAAUUGUGGUUUCGUAGUGACAAACAUCAUCCACCUGAAGCAUUGCCUUAUGAAAGACUAGACAACCUUAAGAAGUUUUUCUUCAGUUUGUUUGCGAGCACACACUCGUCUCCAGUGAUGUUGGAUUAUAUGAAGAUGCUGCUGUAUUUCUGCUGUCAUCCUGAAGCCUCUCAGGGUUUCAUCAGAGCUUUGGGUCUCGUGACUGAACACACACUACACUAUAAACACACCGGCCCGCUGGUACAGUCUGUGACACACUUGGAAGGUGCAGAUGUUGAGGAGCUUGAUGCUGAUGAUGUCAGAGGGGCGGAGCCUGAUGGAGAGGGCGUGUCAGUGGAUGAUGUGCUCAGAGUUUUGAGUCACGGACAGAAUCUCAUGUCGGCACAUCCGAACCGCUUUCACCGGAGCUGCAGGAGCAGAGAUCUGUACAGAGAGGAGCUGCUGAAGGUGUGUAAAGAGUUGGACUUUAAAGCAGAGGAGAAGAUCCCUUUCUCUGUGCUGUCCCAGCAUCCUUUUCUACAGGACCUCAUUGAAGCCUCAUCACAGUAUCUUCUUGUGGAUGUUCACAAAAUUCUGCAGACUCAGAAAAAUGAAGAAGAUUGUAAAAGCUGAGACAUUAAACAUAACAUACAGAAAACAUACUUCUACACUUAUGUCGUCUGUCUUAAAUCAUAAAGUCUUUUAUUUCUAAGUAUUUAUUCUAAAAGGCAUGAAUAUUUAUUUUAUUAGCCUAAAUAAUUUACAAGACUAUUUGUGUUUUCAGGUCAAAUAGCGUAACUGAAAUCUUAAUGAAAUCUGUAAAUCACAACGUCUGUAUCAGUUUGUUUUUCAUGUGAUUCGGUGUAGACAGACUCAGACAAUUAGAACAUGA